UCGGCCGCUGGAGGAGAGUGGACCCCCCCCACCCACUUUGAGGCUUUUUUCCCCGGCGCCUCCCUGCCGCCCCCCGGUCCCGGCGCGGGGCUCGGGGAUGCCCGCCAGCAUGUUCAGCAUCGACAACAUCCUGGCCGCCCGGCCGCGCUGCAAAGACUCGGUGCUGCCAGUGGCGCCCAGCGCCGCGGCUCCCGUCGUCUUCCCGGCCCUGCACGGGGACUCGCUCUACGGCGCCGGCGGCGGCGCCUCCUCGGACUAUGGCGCCUUCUAUCCGCGCCCGGUGGCCCCCGGCGGCGCAGGCCUCCCGGCCGCGGUCGGCGGCUCCCGCCUCGGCUACAACAACUACUUCUACGGGCAGCUGCACGUGCAGGCGGCGCCCGUGGGCCCGGCCUGCUGCGGGGCCGUGCCGCCGCUGGGUGCCCAGCAGUGCUCCUGCGUCCCGACGCCCCCAGGCUACGAGGGCCCCGGCUCGGUGCUGGUGUCCCCAGUGCCGCACCAGAUGCUGCCCUACAUGAACGUGGGCACCCUGUCGCGCACCGAGCUGCAACUCCUCAACCAGCUGCACUGCCGGCGGAAGCGGCGGCACCGCACCAUCUUCACGGACGAGCAGCUCGAAGCGCUGGAGAACCUCUUCCAGGAAACCAAGUACCCAGACGUGGGUACCCGCGAGCAGCUGGCCCGGAAGGUGCACCUCCGCGAGGAGAAAGUGGAGGUCUGGUUUAAAAAUCGCCGUGCCAAAUGGAGGCGGCAGAAGCGGUCCUCGUCGGAGGAGUCGGAAAACGCCGAGAAGUGGAACAAGACGUCGUCAAAGGCGUCGCCCGAGAAGAGGGAAGAGGAAGGUAAAAGCGAUUUGGACUCGGACAGCUGACGGCCGCGGGCCGGCUGUGGCUCUUGACUAACUCGAAGGACUUGCACAGACAGACGAUGCUACUUUCUUGCACACGCGCUGCCUUGCGGGAGGGGGCCGAGAAAGAGGAACGAGGAGCUGUAAAUAGUGUACAGAGCCCGGAGGGUUGGCGCCUGGGGUCGGGGGUGCGCAGGGGCUCGAGCCCCGAAGUCCAAGGCCGCCAGCGCCUCGCUGCCCACCGUAGUAUUUAUAGUUAAGUUAACGGUGACGAUACAAUAAAGUGAUGGCGAUGUAGUCGGGCCACAUUCUGUAUUUCAUGCCCACCGCCCCCCACCCCCAUCUGAGGCCCAGAAAAGAAAUCUACGUAGUUUGUAGCUUCAAAAGAAAAAAUUGGGCAGCUCUGACCUGUCCGGGGG